UUCUCACCAAAAUCGUGCAUUAGAUAUUAAGGUUAACAAGGAAGAUUUGGAUCAAAAAAUUAUUAAUUAUCUUGUGGUCGUAAGAGAUACCACCAUUUCCGAACUCUUCUUGGGGUCGUAGGCGCUAUGGAAAUCAACAAGUUAUUGAACAUUGUCUUUCCCCCUCUAUUUGUAAUUGCACUUCUUUUCAUCUUACCACCAUUCCUUGUUUUGAAGCUUCUUUUUUCCACUCAAAGGUUUGUGUUCAAAGAAAACGUUGCAGGUAAAGUAGUACUCAUCACGGGGUCAUCUUCGGGCAUUGGUGAGCAUCUUGCUUAUGAGUAUGCUAGAAGGGGAGCUCGUCUAUCCCUCGUAGCCAGAAGAACAGAUCGUCUUCAAAAAGUAGCUGAUAAAGCCAGACAGUUGGGGUCCCCUGAUGUAAUUGUGAUCACUGCAGAUGUAUCCAAGAUCGAGGAUUGUAAGCGAUUUGUUGACAUGACAGUGAACCACUUCGGGCAGUUGGAUCAUCUGGUGAACAAUGCUGGGGUUGCUCACGGGACAUUUUUUAAAGAAACCCGCAAUAUAUCUGAUUUGGUCCCUAUUAUGGACAUAAAUUUUUGGGGUUCAGUAUAUGGUACCCAUUUUGCAGUUCCAUACCUAAGAAAAAGCAAAGGGAAGAUUAUUGUGAUAUCUUCAGCUGCUGGAUGGCUCUACCCUCCAGGAGCUACAAUCUACAGUGCAAGCAAGGCAGCUCAAAUAGGUUUAUACGAGUCAUUGAGGAUUGAAUGUCCAGAAAUUGGCAUAACCAUUGUUACUCCUGGUUUUGUUGAGUCAGAAAUGACCCAACGGUUUCGUCCAGCUAAGUACCUAAAAAACGAGCCAACGGAUGACUGUGCCAAGGCAAUUGUUGAAAGCACUUGCCGUGGAGAUAUGUACCUGACAGAGCCAUUCUGGAUGAGGCCAUUGUUUCUGGUAAAGGUACUUUGUCCUGAGCUAUGGGACUGGACUUGCUACUGGCUGAUCGUCCAUAGACGAAGGGCUUUGGAUAAAAACGCAUAGCCGGGGUAUCUUAAAUUCGGAAGGAAAUCCCUGUCUCAGCAGUCUGCCUUCGGAGAUUGAAUAUGGCUAGCUAGUUUCAUCAAAACAACAUUUUCUAUUUAAACUUUCGGAUUAAAGGCUUUUCCUUUCUUUUCUCCUUUCUAUCCUCCCUGCCAAACAAGCUCCUGCAAUGAUGCGGGGUGGAGCUUUACCUCAAUAAUAGACAAGGGAAUACUUUUGUUCCACUGGACAACAAAGAAUUACUUUGAAUUUUUGAAUGUUCAGUUAGUUUUUGUAGUCAAUAAACAAAACUGUUGGGUUUUUUAA